AUGGACCCUGUACCGGCAGCAGACCCCUCCGCGCCCCCAGGGCCUUUGACUCACCUGAGCCCGCCGGACAGCUCGGAGGCGCGGCCGCGGAGCGGAGCCGACGGGCGGAGCCUCCCGGGCAGCUGGACCAGGUCACCCCCAGAGCAUGUCACGGUCCUGAGGGAAGGCGUGCGCCAGUGCCUACAGCAACAGUGUGAGCAGACGGUGUGGAUCCUGCAUGCCAAGGUGGCUCAAAAAUCAUAUGGAAAUGAGAAGCGGUUCUUCUGCCCCCCGCCCUGUGUCUACCUCGCAGGUCCCGGCUGGAGGGUGAAGCCAGUGCAAGGCCAAGCCCACCAGCCAGGGGAAACCGGACCCACGGUCUGCGGUUACAUGGGACUGGAUGGCGCGUCCGGCAGCGCCGCCGAGACGCAGAAGUUGAAUUUCGAAGAGCAGCCAGACUCCAGGGAAUUCGGUUGCGCCAAGACCCUGUACAUCUCGGACGCAGACAAGAGGAAGCACUUCCGGCUGGUGCUGCGGCUGGUGCACCGGGGGGGCCGGGAGCUAGGCACCUUCCACAGCCGCCUCAUCAAGGUCAUCUCGAAGCCCUCGCAGAAGAAGCAGUCGCUGAAGAACACUGACCUGUGCAUAUCCUCGGGCUCAAAGGUCUCCCUCUUCAACCGCCUGCGCUCCCAGACGGUCUCCACGCGCUACCUGUCCGUGGAGGACGGCGCCUUCGUGGCCAGCGCGCGCCAGUGGGCUGCCUUCACGCUCCACCUGGCUGAUGAACACUGUUCCCAGGGGGACUUCCCGCCUCGAGAGGGCUACGUCCGCUAUGGCUCCCUAGUGCAACUCGUCUGCACUGUCACGGGCAUCACACUACCUCCAAUGAUCAUCCGCAAAGUGGCCAAACAGUACGCACUCCUCGACGUGGACGAGCCCAUCUCCCAGCUGCACAAGUGUGCGUUCCAGUUCCCCGGGGAGCCUGCCGGAGAGGGUGGCACUUACUUAUGCCUCGCCGCAGACAAGGUGGUGCAGUUCCAGGCCUCCCCCUGCCCCAAAGAGGCGAACAGGGCGCUGCUCAAUGACAGCUCUUGUUGGACCAUCAUCGGUACCGAGUCGGUGGAGUUCUCCUUCAGCACCAGCCUGGCGUGGACCCGGGAACCCGUCACCCCAGUGCCCCUCAUCAGCACCCUGGAGCUGAGUGGUGGGGGAGACGUGGCCACGCUCGAGCUCCACGGCGAGAACUUCCACGCGGGGCUCAAGGUGUGGUUCGGGGACGUGGAGGCCGAAACCAUGUACAGGAGCCCGCGGUCCCUGGUGUGCGUGGUGCCCGACAUCGCCGCCUUCGGCAGCGACUGGCGCUGGCUGCGCACACCCAUCACAGUGCCCGUGAGCCUGGUGCGCGCCGACGGCCUCUUCUACCCCAGCGCCUUCUCCUUCACCUACACCCCCGAGUACAGCGCCCGGCCCGGCCCCCCGGGGGCCCCCGAACCCGCCGCCGACGCCGACGCGCUGCUCGAGAGUAUCCACCACGAGUUCACGCGCAGCAACUUCCACCUCUUCAUCCAGACUUAG